AUGAUUCCAAGGCGAAAACCGUACGAAGACAGUCCCCCAUGCCGUCAGAAUAUCAUAACGGUGGCCACUCCUGGCAUCACGGCUCAGCGUUGCCAGAUCUCGCGCUACACCGGCGUGGAUGGCGUAGAUGUCCUUGAAAAUGCGUGUAGCUGGCAACCUCAUGUCGACUCCAUGACAAUCGAAGAUCAUGCAGCAGACGAAUUGCUGGCCUUUCAAAUGGGGCAUGGGAACUACGUGCUAACGGCAGAGGAAGAGCCUCCUUUGCUUUAUCACGCUAGCUGUCGUGUGGCACCGAGGCUUCUGCACAAUGUCAUGGCAUCUCCUGAAAUAGACGAAGUAGUGUAUAACAAGUGUAGCUUCAACCCUUUGCAUUGGCUCUUGAUGCUGAAGGAGUUGGUCACGUCUCUUGCGUUCUCCGUUUAUCCUAGACGGUGUGCGUAUUCACAGGUGCGAAUGACAAAUGUAGGCGGAAACAGGGACCAGGCGGUAUGCCGGCGGGAGAUUCGAAAAGCAGUUCGAAUUAUAAAGAAAGCUGCAGUUAAGUCACAGCGUGAAAAUGACUUGGCUGCGCACUCAUCACCAGGGCGAUUACUUCCUUUAAAACUUGUCUUGUUUGGCUGCAGUCGUGGGGCCACCACCACAUUUUACACCGCGAUGAAACUGCCGCUUGAAUUGGCACAAUAUGUAUCUCUUGUGGUUGUUGAGGCACCAUUUGAUACGCUGCAUAAUGUGAUUAACUCAUCUUGUUGGUUUCCACGCUUAACGUUGUGGUUUGUUCGGAAUUUUUGCGAUUAUGAAGGAGAUGAACCGUAUUCCUUUGACCCUGAUCGAGUGCAACUUCGCUGCCCCAUCGCCUUUGUGAUGUCUGUAAAAGACACCCGGGUGCCAAACAAGCUUACCCGUCGGCUGAUCGACACCGUCAGGCGGGAGUGUCCACAGAUCCCUGCAGUGGAGGUGUUGGAGCUGAAGCACAGUCGGCACCCGCUGAUGGCCGUGGGGAAUCGCGAGGACCAGGAUGCGUAUGUCGCCUUUAUGGAGCGACUCUAUGCCACCUACUGCAGCUGA